AUGGAUGCAGCUGUCAUUGGAUGUCAACAUCUUUUCGUGCAUAUGGGUAUCAUUGCAUGCGGGCUAUUCAACAAGCUACUUGUAUUUUGGUCCUUUGGAAUAUUCAUCGAUGCAGGCGAAUCAUGCCAGGGUCAAAGAGCAACGUCUAUAGCAUCCUUCAGUGUCAGCUUGCCUUAUUACAUCGUUCGAUGGUUUUCGUUACUGUACCACCUAUUGGACACUUCCUUUUAUUUGCAUCUGCAGCGGCAAGGCAACAAGUUCUAUACCUUUUGGUGUCGCGAAGUUUUAUCUCGUCUUAUUGUGGUCCUAGUUGUUGACAACUCUUUCAAUGGAUAUCCUGCUACGCAUGCCUGUUAUCGGUGGAUCAUAUCAGCCACAAGCAAGAAGCAGCAAUGA